AUGGCAAAGCCGACUGCCAAACCGACGCCAAGCGCGCUAACAGAGAAACCGUCGCCACUGGAGCCAUGCACAACGACCGACUGCCGGUCUCUGGCCGACUAUUUACGUCGCCAAGUGGACGCCAACCACGACCCGUGCGUCGACUUCUACGAGUACGCCUGCGGCAACUACCGGGGCGGCUCCGUCUUGCUAGAGCUCGCCCUGGCCGAGAGCGACGAGGUGUGGUUCACGGAACGAGCUUUUCUGAAAGCUAGCGUUAAGGCUUCCUACUACAGAGCUCUCAUUGCGCACUACUCCGGCAGAGGACCCAGCGGACGUGUCAAGGCGCUCGUCUCACAGCUGUCGGCACUUGAAGAUGAAGACGAAUUCGAGCGCAUCAUAGACAAAUACUCGCUGGGUCGCUACACGAGCGACGACGGUGUCUACGUCAACCCCGACGCCCACGCACUUCUCAAGUUGCUUGUGACGCAAGGCAGGGAAGCCGAGUUUCACCGUCUCGUAUCCUGGAGCAUCGUGCGCCAGCUCGCCGGCUUCGGCCGCAGCAGCGAGACGUUCGGCGUGUUGUCUGGCAACGCCGUUUGGUACAAGUGUCUCAUGAAGGUCUCGCAGGUCAUGGAGGCACCGCUCAUGGGAGUACACCUGCUGAAAGGGACGUUCACGAGCCGUGCCCGAGGACUACCUAGCGGAAGUGGACCGCAUCUACUCGCGGCUCAAGACGUCCUACGAGCGUCAGCUGAGGAGCAGCUCGUGGCUCGACGUGCUGUCAAGUUCGCCCUCGACAAGCUGCACGCGAUGCGAUUGGCCAACGGGUUCCCGCACGGCUUGCGAAACGCGCGCGAGAUGGACGCGCGCUACGCCGAAUUCCCCGAGUCGCCGAGUGGCGCCUCCUUCUGGCGCGCCUGGCUCAGCGCGGCACGCAUUGUGAGUCGCCUAGCGGUGACCAGUAACUCGUCGUCGGACAUCGUAUUCACUGCGGGCAGUGGGGCGGCCUUCUACGGGGUGUUGCUCACCGAGGUGUUUGUUCCGGCCAACGUGAUUGGCGGCCCGGUGUUCUACAAGCACGGCCCGGCUGCACACAACUACGGAGUGAUUGGAAUGGUGAGCAAGACGGACAAUCUGAACCACCACUCCUCCGAAAACCUGGCCGAUUUCGUCGGGGCGCUGGUGCCGCACGUGGCGUUCAGCUCUCUUCCCGAACGCCUGCGUCGCGUCACGGUGCCCGGUGACUCCACGCUCAACCUGACCAGCGAGCAGCUGUACUUCGUGUCCCGCUGCAUCAUAGGGUGCACGCGUACCGGCUGGCAGGACUACGACGAGGGCAGUCACGCGGCCGAACGGGCGAGGCGCAAUGUGCCGGCCAUGAACAUGCACAGCUUCGGCGAAGCCUUCAACUGCCCGCCGGGCUCCCGGAUGAACCCCGUGGACAAGUGUGCCUUCUAG